AUGUCUCGGGGAGUGAUUCAUCGCAAAGUAGAAGGGAGUGACGAGGAGGAGCUUCCUGAAGGAAUGUUCCAAUUCAAGGCCUAUGAAGAAAACGCUGUGGCGAAAAUCGUUGACGAACAAGACAUUUACACGGACCUGCACUUCACUCAGCUACGAUUUGGAGUAGGUGAUAGGGUUUUAUGCUUGUUUCAAGGUUACGAUGAUGGUGAUCACGGAAAGUGGGUCGAACACGAAGUAUUGAAACUGUGGCCUAGGCCCCUUGAGGAUUGGGCCAAUCGGAAUGUAAAGUCCCUCGCCUAUCCUUUAUAUGAUUGCAAAGCAGUGGAAGUCGGACAUACCAUUACGAUUUACGAUGACUUGUCGGAAAAAGAGAUUAGAGACAUUCCACUUUCUACACGCUUUGAUGUUGGCGACAAGGUUGUAUUCAAUGCAGUUUUAGCAGAAGGCAUCAAACUAGCAGGGAGAUAUCUUGGAGAUGGUUGGAGAGACGGCAAAGUGGUCAGUACGAUUCCACCAACGAUCCACCGCAGUAGCAGAAAUAAGAGCAAAAGGUUCACAGAGUACAUGGGGAGCUACGAGUGCUCGUUUCAACACAAUGGAAAGGUUCACAAGUGUUAUAUUUUGGCUGACACUGAUGAACAUAUUGCUCGCGACGAUCCUCGAACGAGGCUGAUGAAUGCGAUUGAGGACGAUUGCAGCAGGGAUCAUAUUUCAUAUUUGGUAGACGAGUUUGGAGUCGAUGUAAUUCCAUUCCAAGACCAAAUUAUUGCCUCGUUAGUGGGGCAUGCACGAUACAAUGCUCUGUGGUGGAUACAAGAGAACUUGGGACUCAAACUGACUAAGAUACUAUAUUCUGGCGGGGAUGAAAUGUUGACGAAUUUUGCAACGUCUAGGCAUAUCUUGCGGUUCUUACAAAAAGUGGUGGAAGACCAGCAGUCGCAAUCCAAAUCAAAUCCUUUAAGGUUCCACGAAGUGGUUCGUGGAAUUGAUGACGACAGGGACGGCAGACAUCAUUUUGUUUCACUUAUAAAGAAGAGCAGUAUCAGAGCUUACGACUAUUUCUUGUCUCCGUUGGCACUUGGGAUUUUGUUUUUUGGUCAGCACAAAUCGACUGAAGCAGUGCCAUCUUCGUUAAUUUGGCAAUUUCGUUACAUUGCAGAUCGACUCGAAGCCUAUCGAGAAAUGUUUCGCAUUACCCUUGCUUUCACCUACAAUCAAGAAUUGCUCAGAGAAAAUUUUCAGGCGUCGCAUGCAAAAUCAAGAAUGCGGCAAUAUUUGCGACACUGCUGGGAUUACCGCUUGAUUGAUGUUGGCAAUUGUGACUACUUUGCCGUAGGUGCUAUGAAGGAUGAAAAGUUGCAAGCAAAGUCAAAUUUGCUGUCACUUGGUCAACGUAGAGACUACAACCUUCUCCACCUGAUGAUAGAAGAGGAUCCAACGUUACUCGAUCACCGGGACUCGAUUUUCAUCGAAAACAACCGUGAUGACCAGGGAGAAUAUGUGCAGCUGGAUCUGAAAAAAUGGGUUAAUAGGGAUCAAGAAAAAUAUACCUACGUUUCGUUGGUUGAUGCCACUGUCAUUGGUGAAACUAAAAGUUUCUAUACAGAUGGAUAUUCUUUGGAAACUGAUGGAUUGGGAGAGUACCACCGACGCUUAGAGGAGUUCCUGGAGAAACAGGACUUCGAUUGCAAGGCAUGGAUCGACGAAAUGAUGACAAGAGUAUCUAGUUUGAGGCAAACUGCUGGGCUUUCUGAACACAAAAGAGAUUGCUGCAUCCACAUGUUUGAGCGCAAGAUAGCACUAAUGACAGACGAUGAUAAUGUUGAAGACCAAUGGAAGCUGCUCGACUAUCUCGUGAAAGAAAAAGACUCCCCGCAACCAAGCCUGGCUUUAGCAAUCGCAGCGAGACAGUGUAGCGCCGUUCGCUGGGUCGAUGAGCGCGGUUACUCAUCUUUCACUGGUGAUAUCGAACCAGAACUUGAAUCCCAUCUUGAGAUGACGAUUGACUCUGCUUUUGGGCUGGGACACUCAACAGGUGCAUGGAGGGAAAACAAGCUUUUUCUUUUGUCGCUCCUUACGAUACAGUACGACGACAUUCAAACUUUGAAUUGGUUAUUUGAUCUGCACGGGGCUGACGUUCUUUCGGACCCGACUGCGGAUUUCAACUUGGUUCACGCUGCGGCACAUUUUGGACGCAUUGAGAUAAUGCAUUGUUACUUGAGCACUUUGUCAACAUUUGCAUCGCUUGUGAUGAAGUCUGUUGGAGACGGCAAGUACAAAGGCUUGUACGCAGCUCAUGUUGCGGCAUCGUGUGGGCACAUUGCUAUUGCGGAUGUACUACUUUCGCGUGGGUGUCCGGUAGUUGACAUGAACCAUGUUUCGAUUGUUGAGGUUGCAUCGAAAUCUAGUUAUGAGUUUGUUCGGAGUUGGGUUCCACCCUCACUUGCAUCUUCGCAAUUGGAACAGGAUCUAAAUUUGAUGCUCACCAUGGCUUGUGAGGAGUUCCCGUCGUUGGAUGCAUUAAAGUAUCACGUACUUCAAUCAAAGUGUAUGGAUGUUGAAUGCUGGCAAGCUGUCGAUUGCUGGAAAAUGCAUGAUACAGGAGACCUCAACUACUCGUACGCGUCGGUUGUCACGCGAUGCCUUGAAGUUGAAGCUUUAGAUUUUUGUCUUUGGCUGUGCACCAGGAUGAUUGCAGCUUCUCGGGUAGAUCGUUUCGGGAGCAAUAAUUUCUUUGAGGAUAAGGACUAUGAUUUCGUUUAUAUGGAAGUUGAUGCCAUUGAAUUUGUUGGUACAGAAGUGCUAGCUCACGCAUUUGAUUCUAUUUCGCUACGAUCUGUUAAAGUUCGAGAUUACAUCUCUGAUCCCCACCCUUUGAUGCACCUAUUGUUGCCGUAUAAGUUGCAGAAAAAAUUGUCAUAUGUGGUCACAAAAGUAAUGGUUAUCAGAGAGUUACACAAUCAAAGUUUGUUGGAGACUGAAAGACUACUGGUCUCGCAAUCUGGCGAGAAGCAAUUGCAAAGCAUGCUCGAGCUAAUUCGGACGUGUUCAAAAAUAAUUGCGGAGGAAGCUGAACUUCCUAGCGACGAAUUUUGCUGUGUCACAAACUUUGGAGAAAUCGAUUUCAAUGGCUACUAUUCUAAGCCUGAUCGUGUGAAGCUGAAAUCCCUUAGGCAAACGUUUGGGUCCCGGACAAUUUCCACAUGCUCCAUAUAG